AUGACACCAUUUCAUAUACCUGAAGUACUUCGAGAGAUUCUUUUACAUGUUGCAAAUCCAUGUGAAUUAUCUGGAGCAUAUUCAAUUGAAGGAUUACGAGCACUUUAUCCAUGUAUUUUAGUAAAUAGACAAUGGUGUCGAAUAGCAGUCCCAAUUCUUUGGAGUCAACCAUUUCUAUUCGGACAAGAUAUUGAUUAUCUUCCGGUUAUUUCAAUGUAUUUGAAAUGUCUUGGAGAUCAAGAUAAAAACCAUCUUUUAAAUCAAGGAAUUGAUAUUUCGUUAGUGUCCGAAUAUAAUCAAAUGCAAUUAGGUAUAGAAAAUAAAAAACCUAUGUUUAAUUACCCAGGUUUUCUUCGCAUAUUAUAUUGUGAACAAAUGAUAAGUGCGGUUGAAAGUUGGUGCGCCGAAUUAGCCGACAUAAUGGAACAACAACCUGAUGAAGAAAAUAAAGUAACGUUGGUUAACAAUGCCGAGGAAACAAAGAUAUGUGAACGUAGUAAAUCUAGUAAUAUA